AUGGGCGACGCUGCAGGACUCCCCGACUACGUUCUGGACCCCAAUGCGGUCCUCAACGACACAGACGCCGCCUGGCGUCACGGUGGUCCCCCGGACUACAGCAAGACCCGGGCCUACUACGAAGAGACCAAGAAAAUGACCCACGAAUCCGGCAGCCUCCCCUUCCUCGUCGAGAACCUCGUCAAGAACUGGGAAAUCGAAGCGUCCUUUAAGACCAACCUCGCGGACUGGCGCACGAUCGACCACGAGACAUACCACUUCACAUUGAACGGCGGGCCCCCGCUGAGCGGCGAACACAUGCUGAAAGUCGGCACGUACAACGCUCUCCUCACGCCGAGUGCGUACUACGACCCUGCCAAUAAUGAUUUCGAGGCGAGUCACAAGUCGUUCAAGCGCAUGAUGCCGACGUUUGCUUGGGAGGUUCUGGAGGUAUAUAGUGGGCCGCCGGUUGUGGUGUUUAAGUGGAGGCAUUGGGGCGUUAUGGCCAGGGAUUAUGUUGGGUUUAAUGACAAAGGAGAAAAAGUCAAGAUCGCGGCGCACGGUGGACCUAUCGAUAUUCAGGGUAUUGUGAUCGCCAAGGUCAAUGAUGCGCUCAAGCUGCAGCGUAUCGAUGUGUGGUUCGAUCCGCUGGAGAUGUUCCGCCAGAUUGCCAAGGAUCAUGAACAGACUAAGGUGGAGGGCGAGGAGAAGACUGCUUCGGGGUGUCCGUUUGCUGGAGCGAAGGAGUAG